GAAAGAGAGAGGCAGGCAGGGCAGCAUUGUUAUCUUAAGACACUCAUCUGGUGUCUGAGUCUGCAGGUGACACUGGUUAGGUACAGACCGCCGAGUCGGAGCGGGAGCGCGCGGGUCUGCAGCCCUGAGAUGGAAUCCGCCUGCGUGCCGAGCGGCUCUCGGCUCAUCCCGCAGCGCCUCCUCUGAGCUAGGAGGAUCCGGGGAGGACUUGAGGGAAAUGCACCUGCCGUGCGCUCCGAGGGCACUGGCAGGUCCUUGGACAGCAGACGGAGCUGUGAAGCCGGCGCAGAGGGCUCUGUCCAUGUGCAAGGCACUGAUUUCGGAUGACAGGGCGGGUGAGUCUCUUUAGAGUUGGAAAGAAGUCAAGAUCUUUGGGUUUCACCUCGGUGGAGGGACAGGGAACUCCCCAGUUGGCUUCCCACUUUCCUCACCUCUCCCAGCCAGCGUGUGACCCGGCCUAGCGCCGAACCUCCCCACUUCAAACAUGCGGUGGGUGCCUGGGAUGCUCGCUGCGCAGCCAGAAGGCAGCAGGCAAGUGGUCUAACGGCCGCGGCGGAGGCAACAGCAAAGCCAGCCGAGAGCCAGAAAGAAUUUGAGAAGCGACACCGCUCCCUCUCCCAAGCUGAAGGGGAAGCAUUCACAUUUCCCCAAACAAGAAAGAGCCACAAGAAAUUAUGAAGUAAAAACUUUGGAAAGCUGCCACUGGAGAUGUUGCACACAAAUCGGGAAUCUUUUACGAGUCUCCUCCCGGUCGUUGGAGGUUUGGGGAGCAGCUGAUACAGCCAAGGAGGGCUCUUGCAAGGAUUCAAGUUCGGAGCCCUGGAGGAGCAGCACGGAGUGGGAGAGCUUGGCGAGAUAAUGAAGACACCAACCGCCCGGGAGAAGCAUGAGGUGGCAGUGCGGCUCUCGGUUUAGAGGGCUUCGGCCGGCGGCCGCCCCUUGGCCUGCCCUGCUGGCACUGGGCCUGCCCGGCUGGGUGCUGGCUGUGUCGGCCACGGUGGCUGCUGUGGUCCCCGAGCAGCAUGCGUCCUCGGCUGGCCAGGCUCCCCUGGAUUGGCUGCUCACAGACCGGGGACCCUUCCACCGCGCUCAGGAGUAUGCUGAUUUCAUGGAGCGAUACCGCCAGGGGUUCACCACCAGGUACAGAAUCUACAGGGAGUUCGCCCGCUGGAAAGUGAACAACUUGGCUCUAGAAAGGAAAGACUUCUUCAGUUUGCCUUUGCCUCUCGCCCCGGAGUUUGUCCGCAACAUCCGCCUCCUUGGAAGGAGACCCAACUUGCAACAGGUUACGGAAAACCUCAUCAAAAAGUACGGCACUCAUUUCUUACUUUCUGCCACUCUUGGAGGAGAAGAAUCUCUGACCAUUUUUGUGGACAAGCGGAAACUGAGCAGAAAGACAGAAACAACAGGUGGUGCCCCUGCCAUUGGGGGCAGCGGGAACAACUCUGCAGUGUCCCUGGAAACCCUGCACCAGCUGGCAGCUUCCUACUUCAUUGACAGAGAGAGCACACUGCGUAGGCUGCACCAUAUCCAAAUAGCCACAGGGGCCAUCAAGGUCACAGAGACCAGGACUGGCCCCCUGGGCUGCAGCAACUAUGACAAUCUGGACUCAGUCAGCUCUGUCCUGGUUCAGAGUCCAGAGAACAAAGUGCAGUUACUGGGCUUGCAGGUGCUGCUUCCUGAACACCUGCGUGAGCGUUUCGUGGCUGCAGCACUUAGCUAUAUCUCAUGCAGCUCUGAGGGGGAGCUGGUCUGCAAGGAGAAUGACUGCUGGUGCAAAUGCAGUCCCACUUUCCCUGAAUGCAACUGUCCUGAUGCUGAUAUCCAAGCCAUGGAAGACAGCUUGAUGCAGAUCCAGGACUCCUGGGCCACUCACACCCAGCAGUUCGAGGAGUCAGAAGAGUUCCAGGUCCUGCUGAAAAGGCUACCCAGUGACAGAUUCCUGAACUCCACAGCCAUCUCCCAAUACUGGGCCAUGGACACUAACCUCCAGCACCGCUACCAGCAGCUAGGAGCAGGCCUGAAAGUGCUGUUCAAGAAAACACACCGGAUUGUUCGCAGGCUCUUCAAUCUCUGCAAGCGCUGCCACCGACAGCCUCGCUUUCGCCUGCCCAAGGAGAGGUCUUUGUCUUACUGGUGGAACCGAAUCCAGUCCCUUCUCUACUGUGGAGAAAGUACCUUCCCUGGCACCUUCUUGGAACAGAGCCACAGCUGUACUUGUCCCUAUGACCAAUCCUCUUGCCAGGGCCCCAUCCCAUGUGCCUUGGGCGAAGGUCCUGCAUGUGCACACUGUGCUUUAGACAAUAGCACACGUUGUGGGAGCUGUAACCCUGGUUAUGUGCUGGCCCAGGGACUAUGCCGGCCAGAGGUGGCUGAGUCCCUGGAAAACUUUCUUGGGCUAGAGACAGACCUGCAGGACCUAGAGCUGAAGUACCUCCUACAGAAGCGGGAUAGCCGCAUUGAGGUGCAUUCCAUCUUUAUCAGCAAUGACAUGCGUCUGGGCAGCUGGUUUGACCCUUCCUGGAGAAAGCGCAUGCUGCUCACCUUGAAGAGCAACAAGUAUAAGCCUGGGUUGGUGCAUGUGAUGUUGGCCUUGUCCUUGCAGAUCUGCCUCACUAAGAACAGCACCCUGGAGCCUGUCAUGGCCAUCUAUGUCAAUCCCUUUGGGGGCAGCCACUCUGAGAGCUGGUUCAUGCCCGUAAAUGAGGGCAACUUCCCUGACUGGGAAAGGACUAACGUGGAUGCAGCUGCCCAGUGCCAAAACUGGACUAUUACCUUGGGGAACAGGUGGAAGACCUUCUUUGAGACAGUCCAUGUUUACCUACGGAGCCGAAUCAAGUCCCUGGAUGACAGCUCCAAUGAGACAAUCUACUAUGAGCCCCUGGAGAUGACUGAUCCCUCCAAGAAUUUGGGCUACAUGAAAAUCAACACCUUGCAAGUCUUUGGCUAUAGCCUGCCCUUUGACCCAGAUGCUAUCCGGGACUUAAUUCUCCAGUUGGACUAUCCAUAUACUCAAGGUUCCCAGGACUCUGCACUCUUGCAACUCAUUGAGCUUAGGGACCGGGUGAACCAGCUUUCUCCACCUGGCAAAGUCCGGCUUGACCUUUUCUCCUGUCUGCUCCGGCAUAGGCUCAAGCUGGCCAACAACGAGGUGGGCAGGAUCCAGUCCUCAUUGAGAGCCUUCAAUUCUAAGCUGCCAAAUCCUGUGGAGUAUGAGACAGGCAAACUCUGUAGCUAAUGGGGGAUCUGCUCCAGCGCUGGUCAGAGAGUUGAUUCACAUAUCCAGGGUGCAGAGAUCAUCCAAGCCCUCACCUUAGUGCCAACAGGGUGCUUCCAUGAGACAUUUAGCAUCCUGGAGAUGGGAGCGCAAGGCUUGGACUGAUGUAAGCGAGAGACAAUGAAACAGCCACUGCACAUGUGCAAACAUGCACACAGUCACACUCACCCACACUCACAGGGAGGCUAGAGCUCAGCAGCCUCGGAUCUAUAAAGUUGGUGCUUUCUGAAAUGAACACAUUUGAAGAAGAACCAAGGAAGAGAAACAGGGAAAGAAUCAGCCAAAUUAUGAAACAAAGGAACAGAAAUGCUUCAAAUGAUUCUUGUCAUCCAAGAUAGCAAGAGGGAACAAAAAAAUGGGAGGGGUGGGAGAUAUUCCCCCUCUGUGGAGUCACUUUUGUAUUCUUUUUAACCAGAUUUCUUAAAAUGUUGUUGUUUCGUGACUCCCUAUAUUGGUUAUUACUUUUUGUAUACUGCCCCCCCAGCAUCCUGGAGGCCAUAUGCCUACUGUUCCUGGAGCCACUGGCUUGGGAAGUGCACGAAGUGCUGCCAACACAGGAACCAAGGCGAAGGGCAGCCAGGCUCCUUGCUCACCCCCUCACAUCUCCCUCCUUCCAGCCACCUCACGUCCUUGGCCUCCCCAGUUUCAGGGUGUUGACUUGUUCGAAGUGCCCCUUGUGGUCCACCCAGAGCCCUCUUCCCGCAGCACCAGUUCUGUCCAAGGAUGCAGCUUCACGUCCAGUUAGAGACAGACAAUAUAUAGGGAAAUGUUCUUUUAAAAAACAACAAAACGAAACAUAUUUAUUUUGUGAUUGUUUUUCUUGUCAAUCUGCUCUAGUCACAUGAACCUCUGAGUAAAAUUUUACUUGGUUUAAUA